UCCUCCCAAAUCUCAGUGACGUGGUUUCUUAGGACCGAGGAACCUUUGAGCCUGGCAGAUGAAAUGACUCUGAGCUCUGCAGCAUUUCUGAUCAUCCUGAUCAAAGUCCACAGCACUCUCAGCCUCACAUGUCAUCCAGCAGAGUAUCUGAUAGGCAGUGAGUGCUGUCCCAGGUGUCCUGCAGGGAGUCGAGUGAAAACUCACUGUAAUGAGUACAGAAGUACUUCCUGUCUGCCCUGCAUGGAUGGAACCUACACUGAUAAACCCAACGGACUGGAACAGUGCACUUCCUGUACGAGCUGUGACUCAGGUUCUGGUCUGAAGGUAAAGAGGUCAUGUACAGUAGUAUCAGACACAGUCUGUGAACCCCUGCAGGGAUUCUACUGUAUCAGCCCUGAAAGAGACGGCUGUGAGACAGCACAGAGACACAGCAGCUGUGGACCAGGACAGUACAUCAGCAAACCUGGAACAGCCUCCACAGACACCGAGUGCUCCGACUGCAGAGCUGGAACCUUUUCAGAUGGAACAUCUCCAUCCUGUCAGCCACACACACAAUGUGAAGAUCUAAACCUUCAGGAGAUAACAGCAGGAACAUCUGCAGCUGAUGCUCAGUGUGGACCACGCAGUGAUGGAGUGGGAUUAGCUGUUGUUAUCCCUGUGGGUUUGAUUUCCAUCACUGCUGCUGUAUUAUUAUUAAUAUGGAGCUUCAGAAAGAAGAGGAAGUCUUCAUCCAGAAACACACACAGAGGAAGCCGUGGUGAACACUCAGCACCAGAGUAUCACACAGAUGAGUGGGAGCUGGAUGAGUCUGCUGAUGGGAAAGAACGGGAUGAGAGAUUGAGGGAGAUCGAAUGUGAAACCUUUGUGAAGAAUGAAGGAACAUCAUGCAAAAGAAGAGGAACAACAGCUUCCACAAAAUAACAUCUGGACAGAUUUCAGAUCUGAAGGUGACUUUGAUGUAAAACAAGAUAAUGAGCUGUAAACUGA